AUGGACCAGUACAGCCUGGGGAACGAGGGUGCCCUUCCAUCAAAGGUGCACCUCCCUGCAUUUUCUGAGAGCCAGGCACUCAGCUGCAGUGACACCUUCGCCCGGGACCUGGGUCCCAGCACACGAGACCUGCUCUAUGCCAGCCUGAGUGGUUUGGACCUGGACCCCAGCCUCCCAAAGCCCGACGUGCCCAGCGAGGCCCUGGAGGACAGCGUCGACGCGGUGUCCCUGCAGUCGGGGAAGGACACAGACCCCGUGAAGCUGCUGGAAGAAUACGCAGACCCGGAGUCGCAGAUGUCCUCACAAGACCUGGGGUUGGGCGCGCUUAAGGUGCCUAAAGAGCCGGAGGAAGGAAGCAGGGCCCCGGCCGGGAGCGCGAGGAAGGGGAAGCGGCAGCACAGUUCCCCGCAGAACCCGCUCCUGGACUGCAGCCUCUGCGGGAAGGUGUUCAGCAGCGCCAGCUCGCUCAGCAAGCACUACCUGACGCACAGCCAGGAGAGGAAGCACGUCUGCAAGAUCUGCAGCAAGGCCUUCAAGCGGCAGGACCACCUGACCGGGCACAUGCUCACCCACCAGAAGACCAAGCCCUUCGUGUGCAUGGAGCAGGGCUGCAGCAAGAGCUACUGCGACUACCGCUCCCUGCGCCGGCACUACGAGGUCCAGCACGGCCUCUGCAUCCUGAAGGAAGCCCCUGCGGAGGAGGAGGCCUGCGGGGACUCCCCGCACCCCCAGGAGGCCGCCGGCCCACCAGCACCCAGCGGCCUGCGGCCCCUGAUGCCCCCAGAAGCCAGGUCCCCUGGCUCCCUCUUGCCCAACCGAGACCUCCUGCGCUGUAUUGUCAGCAGCAUCGUCCACCAGAAGAUCCCUUCUCCCUGCCCGGCCCCCGCGGGGCCUUCGGACGGCAGCGGCAGCGGCAGCAGCGACGGGAGGAGCGCGGCCUGUCCCUGCCCACCCUCGCUGGGACCCUCCUCCUGCACCCCCAUGGGUGCUCCGGCAGCCUCAGGAGCCCUGGGCGCCGAGGUUCCCGAGGAGUCCCGCCCCCCACAGAAGGAGCCUGUCACCGACAUGUUCACAGCCGUGCACUCACGGGCGGCAGAGAAUGGGGGCCCCGACCCACCUGAGUCGGAGCAGUGGCUGCUCCAGCUGCCGCCCACCCUGGAGGGCUGGCCCGAGGGCGGCCCCCUGCCUGCCUGCCUGCCUCUGUUUCGAGGCCAGGCGGUCCCCUCCAGUUCCCAGCCACCCAGCCACAACUUCCCGUGGCUGCGGAACCGGAGCCUGCCGGGCUGCCCCAAGAACAAAGGCAACAACGUGUUUGUGGUCCACAAGGCCCCUGCUGUGCAGUCCCCAGAGGGCCCUGAGUCUGGCCCGGGGCCCGGCACUGCCUCCCCCACCAGGGAGCCCUCGCCAGGCUCCGCCGGCCGCAGUCUGGAGGACACGCCGCCCCUCCCUCCCUCGCUCCUGAAGGCGCUGGGGGAGGCCUCGGGUGACCCCAGACGUGCCAGUGGGGAAGAUGACCCCUGGGCUUCCAGAGAGAGCAGGUUCGACUGUGACACUUUCCUGUGGCGAACGCCUGGGGAGCCCAGCCUGCAGGAUGUCCAGAAGCCCGAUGGGCCCCCCUCGUCGGACGCCGCCCCGCUCUUGCGGCAGCUCUUCCUCAAGUCGCAGGAGCCUCUGGUGAGCCAUGAGCAGAUGCAGGUGUUCCAGAUGAUCACCAAGUCCCAGCGGAUCUUCUCCCACGCCCAGGUGGCCGCCGCGCCCUCCCAGCUCCCCGCGCCUGAGGGCAAGCAGGCCGCCCUGAAGUCGGGUCCGUGGCCACAGCAGCCCCUGCCGCUGGCCCCCAGCACUGACUCCCCCAACACUGGCCCCGGGAGCCUGGAGCCGGAGGGGUCCCCAACCCAGAGGAGGAGAACCGCGCCGGCAUUCCCCAGAGCGGCCUCUCCUGGCAGCACGAAGCGGGACUCGAAGGGAGGACCAAAGGUGGCCACCGCUCCGCCGCCUCUCACAGUGUCGUCUCUGGACCCUCCCGGGAAUCGGGACAUCUCCUCUCUGGCCAAGCAUUUGAGGUCCGCAAAAGGGACUUUGGACCUGGGGGACAUCUUCUGCCCCGGUGGCCCACAGCAGACCCAGUCAGGUGGGGACGAGACACCGGGAGCCCUGGGCCCCGGGAAGCAGGCCCAGGCCGAGAACGGCACGGCAGCGGCAGCGGGGGCCACGAAAGGCGAGAAGGGCUCGGCCUGCUCCCGGGGCGGAGGCUACAGGCUCCUCUCCGGCAACGCCAGGGCCCAGCGCUUCUCAGGCUUCCGGAAGGAGAAGGUGAAGCUGGACAUGUGCUGCGGGGCCUCCCCCAGCCAGGUAGCCAUGGCCUCCUUCUCGUUGGCCGGGCCUCUGGCGGAUCCCCCCCGGGACCCGAAGUCCAAGCUGACGAUAUUCAACAGAAUCCAGGGUGGAAAUAUCUACCGGCUCCCUCAUCUGAUGAAGGAGGAGAACAUGGCAAGCGGAUGCAACCAGCAGGAAGGGGGCCCUGCAGACGGUGCCGGCGCGGAGCCCCGGGGCACUUACGUCUGCAAGAACUGCAGCCAGAUGUUCUACACUGAAAAGGGGCUGAGCAGCCACAUGUGCUUUCACAGCGACCAGUGGCCGUCGCCUCGAGGGAAACAGGAGCAGCAGGUGUUUGGUACAGAGUUUUGCAAGCCAACCAGGCAGGCGCUGAGGCUGGAGGGGGAUGGGCAGAGUCCCCCAGGAGCCAAGAUGUCCUUGGACAGCGUGGCCCCUUCAGAGAUGCCCAUGGCGGUGCCUGUGGCUCCAGCACACCGAGCCCCGGGGAGCACGGCCAAGGGACAAGAGAAAGACAUGGAAGAGAGAGACAGCAGGGAGAGCGGCCAGCACAGGAAGCGCAAGAAGCGCCCCCAGCCCCAGGCGUUGUUCAUCCCCGCUCCCCGCGCCGUGUUUGGGGAGCCAGGCCCAGGAAGAUGUCACCAGAGCUGCCUGCGGUCUCCGGUGUUCCUGGUGGACCGCCUCCUGAAGGGGUUGUUCCAGUGCCCCCCCUACACGCCGCCCCCAAUGCUCAGCCCCAUCCGGGAGGGGUCCGGGCUCUAUUUCAACACCCUCUGCUUCACGUCAGCUCAGGCCGGCCCCGACAAGCUCCUCAGCACCCUGCUCGAGCAAGAGGGUGGCUCAUUUGGCAUCUGUGUGGUGAAGGACGACACCAAGAUCAACAUUGAACCACACAUCAACUUAGGAAGCCGGUUUCAGGCAGAGAUCCCAGAGCUCCAGGACAGGUCGCUGGCGGGAACUGAUGAGCAUUUCGCUUCCCUGGUCUGGAAGCCGUGGGGAGAUGUGAUGACCAACCUGGAAACGCAGGAUAGAGUGACCGAGCUCUGCAACGUGGCCUGCUCCAGCGUGAUGCCGGGAGGGGGCACCAACCUGGAGUUGGCUCUGCACUGCCUGCACGAGGCCCAGGGCAACGUUCAGGUUGCCCUGGAGACACUCUUACUCCGAGGACCCCAGAAGCUGCAGGCACACCCACUCACCAACUAUCGCUACACAGGCUCAGACAUCUGGACCCCGGUGGAGAAGCGGCUCUUUAAGAAGGCGUUCUGUGCCCACAAGAAGGACUUCUACCUCAUACACAAGACGAUCCAGACAAAGACCGUAGCCCAGUGUGUUGAGUAUUAUUACAUCUGGAAAAAAAUGAUCAAGUUUGACUGCGGCCGAGCCCCAGGCCUGGAAAAGAGGCUCAAGAGAGAGCCGGAUGAAGCGGACAGGAUAGAAGCAAAGGUCACUGGCAGCCCUCGGGAGAGACCCAGCCACCGCCCGACCCCUGAGUUAAAGAUAAAGACCAAGAGUUACAGGAGGGAGUCCAUCCUCAACUCCAGCCCCAACACGGGCCCCAAGCGGACCCCUGAGGCGCCCGGGAGCGCCGAGGGCCAGAGCGUUUUCCCCUGCAGAGAGUGUGAGAGGGUAUUUGACAAGAUUAAGAGUCGAAAUGCCCACAUGAAGCGGCACCGGCUUCAGGACCACGUGGAGCCCAUUGUCAGGGUGAAGUGGCCGGCGAAGCCCUUCCAGCUGAAGGAGGAGGAGGAGGAAGAGGAGGAGAUAGGGGCCGACCUCGGCCCCCUGCGGUGGUGA